AUGGCCUCCGGGCGGAAGGACUUUUUGAGCCAGCCGGCCCCCGAAAACUAUGUUGCAGGCCUAGGUAGAGGUGCAACUGGCUUCACUACUCGUUCGGACCUGGGGCCUGCGCGUGAAGGUCCCACGCCAGAGCAGAUUCAAGCAGCGCUCGCAAAGAGAGCGCAACUGCUUGGUGCAGCCCCUCCGACUGCAUAUGGUGCGGGACGUGAGAAAGGUGGCAAAGAAGAUAAGGCUGAGGAAGAGGAGGACGAUGAGCGUUUUCAGGAUCCGGACAAUGAAGUUGGGCUUUUCGCAUACGGACAGUUCGAUCAAGAAGAUGACGAAGCAGAUCGCAUAUACAGAGAAGUAGAUGAGAGGAUGGACAAGCGCCGGAAGGCAAGAAGGUUGAAAACCGACUUGAUUCCUUUCGCCAAUUAUAGGGAAAUCCGGGAACGUCAAGAACGAGAAGACUACGAACGGAAAAACCCGAAAAUUCAACAACAAUUCGCCGAUUUAAAACGCUCAUUAGCUUCCGUCUCCGAAGACGAUUGGGCCAACCUUCCUGAAGUUGGAGAUCUUACAGGAAAGAAUAGACGAGCCAAACAGAACCUCCGGCAACGAUUUUACGCAGUACCAGAUAGUGUUCUUGCCAGUGCAAGAGACUCCACCCAAUUCGAGACAACUGUUACAGAUGACGGCGCCCAUACCGACACUCGGGAGGAAGGGGUGGACGGGACAAUAACAAAUUUUGCGGAUAUCAGUGCUGCUCGUGAUAAGGCCCUUAAAGUCAAGCUUGACCAAGCAGCUAUAAGUUCAUCCGGGGAUUCGGCUUCUGGAAGUGCCACUAGCAUUGACCCAAAAGGUUAUCUCACGAGUCUCACGCAGUCUGAGCUGAAAGCUGGCGAAGUGGAGAUAGGCGAUAUCAAACGAGUUCGCGUUUUGCUAGAGUCUGUGACGAGGACUAAUCCGAAGCACGCGCCUGGGUGGAUUGCGCUUGCUCGUCUGGAGGAACUUGCUGGUAGAAUUGUGGCUGCUAGAAACUGCAUCGCCAAGGGAUGUGAGCUGUGUCCGAAGAGUGAAGAUGCAUGGCUUGAGAAUAUUCGGCUCAAUGAAGGUCACAAUGCGAAGGUAAUUGCUGCAAAUGCCAUCCAGAACAAUGAUCGCUCCACAAGACUCUGGAUUGAAGCGAUGAGGUUGGAAUCUGAGCCUCGUGCAAAGAAAAAUGUUCUGAGACAGGCCAUUCUCCACAUUCCUCAGUCAGUUGUCAUUUGGAAAGAAGCUGUCAACUUGGAAGAAGACCCUGUAGAUGCACGCCUCCUUCUCGCAAAGGCGGUUGAAAUGAUACCGCUAUCUGUGGAGCUAUGGCUGGCCCUUGCCCGUCUCGAAACACCCGAGAACGCCCAGAAGGUCUUAAACGCUGCUAGGAAAGCUGUCCCUACGAGCUAUGAGAUAUGGAUUGCUGCUUCACGACUGCAGGAGCAAAUGGGAACUUUCAAUAAGGUGAAUGUGAUGAAGAGAGCUGUACAGUCCCUCGCCAGAGAGAAUGCUAUGCUUAAGAGGGAGGAAUGGAUAGCAGAAGCCGAGAACUGUGAAGAGGAGGGAGCGAUUCUCACUUGCGGGGCGAUUAUCCGCGAGACUUUAGGAUGGGGUCUGGAUGAAGACGAUGAUAGGAAAGAUAUCUGGAUGGAUGAUGCAAAAGCCAGUAUUGCCAGGGGCAAGUACGAGACUGCCAGAGCCAUCUAUGCCUAUGCUUUGCGUGUGUUUGUCAACCGCAGGUCUAUUUGGCUUGCAGCGGCAGACCUUGAGCGUAAUCAUGGUACGAAAGAAGCGUUAUGGCAAGUGCUCGAGAAGGCUGUGGAAGCUUGCCCACAGAGUGAAGAGCUAUGGUUGCUCCUUGCCAAAGAGAAAUGGCAAACUGGAGAAAUUGACGAGGCCAGACGAGUGCUGGGUCGUGCCUUUAACCAGAAUCCCAAUAACGAGGAUAUUUGGCUUGCUGCUGUUAAGCUCGAGGCCGACGCCCAGCAAACAGAUCAGGCUAGAGAGCUCCUUGCGACUGCUCGUCGGGAAGCCGGAACAGAUCGGGUUUGGGUGAAAAGUGUCGCCUUUGAGCGACAACUGGGCAAUGCAGAUGAGGCGCUAGAUUUAGUAAACCAGGGCCUUCAACUAUACCCGAAGGCUGACAAACUCUGGAUGAUGAAGGGUCAAAUCUAUGAAUCCCAGAAUAAGUACCCGCAAGCCCGAGAGGCGUAUGGAACAGGUACUCGUGCGUGCUCUAGAUCGGUUCCAUUGUGGCUACUGGCCUCAAGACUGGAAGAAAAGGCUGGUGCUGUCGUCAAGGCCCGCUCUGUUCUUGAUAGAGCUCGGCUUGCUGUUCCUAAGAGCGCUGAAUUAUGGACAGAGAGCGUUCGAGUUGAACGGCGUGCAAACAAUAUGGCCCAAGCCAAGAUCUUGAUGGCAAGGGCAUUGCAGGAAGUGCCAACAUCUGGAUUGUUAUGGAGCGAGAGCAUCUGGCAUCUUGAACCGCGAGCACAACGGAAGGCUCGCAGUUUGGAGGCUAUCAAGAAGGUUGAUAAUGACCCGAUAUUAUUCAUUACAGUGGCGCGGAUUUUCUGGGGAGAGCGUCGACUAGAGAAAGCCAUGACGUGGUUUGAAAAGGCUAUUGUGUCCGACAGCGAUUUAGGGGACGGCUGGGCUUGGUAUUACAAGUUCCUAUUGCAGCAUGGAACAGAGGAGAAGCGGGCAGAUGUGGUAUCGAAGUGCGUCUCUACGGAGCCCAAGCAUGGCGAGGUCUGGCAAUCUGUGGCGAAAGAUCCUACCAACGCGCACAAGUCGACUGAAGAAAUUUUGAAGUCGGUCGCCGAGCGACUUUUGUAG